AUUCGUUGCUCUGACACCAAUGAUGGGGCACAAUUCCUCCCACUGACACCAAUGAUGGGGCACUAUUCCUCCCACUGACACCAAUGAUGGGGCACGAUUCCUCCCACUGACACCAAUGAUGGGGCACGAUAUUCCUCCCACUGAUACCAAUGAUGGGGCACUAUUCCUCCCACUGACACCAAUGAUGGGGCACUAUUCCCACACUGACACCAAUGAUGGGGCACGAUUCCUCGCUCUGAUACCAAUGAUGGGACACUAUUCCUCACACACUGACACUAAUGAUGGGGCACCAUCAUUGGUGUCAAUGGGAGGAAUAGUGUCCCAUCAUUGGUGUCAAUGGGAGGAAUAUGGGAGGAAUAGUGCCCCAUCAUUGGUAUCAGUGGGAGGAAUAGCGCCCCCAUCAUUGGUGUCAGUGGGAGGAAUAGUGCCCCAUCAUUGGUGUCAGUGGGAGGAAUAGCGUCCCAUCAUUGGUGUCAGUGGGAGGAGGAAUAGUGCCCCAUCAUUGGUAUCAGUGGGAGGAAUAGCGCCCCAUCAUUGGUGUCAGUGGGAGGAAUAGUGCCCCAUCAUUGGUAUCAGUG